AUUUUGUCUCCAGGAAAAUAAACCUUAGACGGGUUAAAUUUCCUCCCCCACAUUCCAUCCCACGCUUGAAAAAACAUUAGGGAUUUCCCUCUCCUUUCCUCUCCUCUCCUCUCCUCUUCUCUCCUCUUUUCUUUAUACUAUGACUGUCUUCAAAUCGAAACAGCGACCAUUUCCUAUUCCAGAUAUUGAUAUUUAUUCAUUUUUAUUUCAACCAAACGAAUUUAAUACAAUACGUCCUCAAAAUCGUCCCUUGUUGAUUGACGGAAUAACAAAUAAAUCAGUUUCAUUCAAGGAAGCGAGGGAAUUAUCUGGUAAACUUGCUAUAGGUUGGAAGCAACAUGUUGGCUUGAAAAAGGGUGAUGUAGUUGCUAUAUUUGCCCCUAAUCAAUACAAUCAUGCUGUACUCUAUUUUUCUCUUUUGGCUGCUCAAUGUAUUAUUACACCUGGUAAUCCUAAUUAUACAGAAGCUGAAUUUAAUCAUCAAAUACAGAAAUCUGGAGCCAAAGUCAUUAUCACUGUUCCGACACUUCUUCCCGUCUUAUUAAAAGUAGCCAUUAAAAAUAAUAUUUCAAGAGAUAAACUAUUUCUUUUCGGUAAUGAGACUGUAGACGGUAUUAAGCCCUUUUCAUCCAUUGCUGCAACUCAAGACAACACACUUCAGAUACCUCUUCAAGGUAUUCAUCCUGCAAAUGAUUUAGCUUUCAUUUGCUUCUCUAGUGGAACAACAGGUGUUGCAAAGGGAGUCAUGCUAACUCAUCGUAACUUUGUUUCUCAAAUAAUGAUGGUAACUGACUUUGAACAAACAGAUGCAACUCAAAUGGACGAUGUUAUUAUUGGCUUUUUACCUUUCUUUCAUAUCUUUGGUUUAACAACGCUAGUAUUUCGUGCAUUUUACACGAAUACGCCUGUUGUGGUUAUUCCAAAAUUUAAUUUGCAACUGGUGUGUCAGUUAAUUGAAAGGUACAAGAUCACGAUAGGUCCUCUUGUACCACCUAUAGUUGUACAAUUUGCUAAAGAAGAUGUUGUUUUAAAGUAUGACUUGACUUCACUUAAAAUGAUUAGUAGUGGUGCUGCCCCUCUUCGAAGUGAGCAUAUAGAUGCUUUACAAUUACGUAUAAAGGCGUCUAUAAGACAAGGCUAUGGUAUGACAGAGACAACAGCAGGCUGUAUUUAUCAAAAGGUGGGUAAAAAUUGUCCUGGCUCUACAGGCGUAUUACUUGCAAAUAUGGAAUGUAAAAUUGUAGAUGAGGAAGGAAAUGAACUCGGGCCUGAUCAAACUGGAGAAAUUCUUUUAAAAGGACCCGUUAUUAUGAAAGGUUAUCUGAAUGAUGAUAAAGCAAAUUCGGAAAUAUUUACAAAAGAUGGAUGGAUGCGUACUGGCGAUAUCGCUAAAUUAGAUUCUAAAUCUGGGGAAUUUUUCAUCAUAGAUCGUAUUAAAGAAGUGAUAAAGUAUAAAGGUUUCCAGGUUCCUCCUGCUGAACUCGAAGCUAUUCUUAUUACUUCUUCUAUUAUUGCUGAUUGUGCUGUGAUUGGUGUUUAUGAUAACACUCAGGCUACUGAAUUGCCUCGUGCCUAUAUUACUUUAAAACCAGGAUAUAUCCCAUCAGAAGAAACAGCACAAGAGAUCAUGAAAUACGUUGCUGAUAGAGUUGUCCCUUAUAAGCAAAUACGUAGUGUUCGUUUUAUCGAUGUUAUUCCCAAAAGUGCCUCUGGUAAAAUUCUUCGUCGUGUAUUGCGUGAUGCUGCUCAUGCAGAAGAGAAAACCAUUUUAAACAAAGCUAGAUUAUAGAUAUAUAUAUAAAAAAAAAACCUUUUUUUUUUCAUAGUCAUAGAAUCAAUAUAAAUGUAUAGAAUUAUAGAAAAGAUUUCAUUAUUUAAUUACUAAUGUAAUGUAUAUGAUAAAUGUUUAUUUAAUAAUAGUCAAGUCAAGGGAUAAUUUUUUUCCUGCAUAAUAAAUCUGAAACCAAAACUA